AUGGCUAGUAAAAUCACCACAGUCUCACCACCGAAAACCACCCAAUCUCAGCCCCUCCAACUGCAGGACCGGGUUGCAAUCGUCACCGGCGGCUCUCGCGGUAUCAGCAAAGCCAUCUCCCUCCACCUAGCAUCCCUUGGAGCAAAACUCGUCGUCAAUUACACUUCUAAUUCCUCUAAAGCGGAUCUAGUCGUUUCAGAAAUUAAUUCCAAAUCUCAAUCUGAAUCCCCACAAGCUGUUUCUUUUAAAGCCGACAUAUCAGAUCCGAUUCAAGUAAAAGCCCUCUUUGAUGCAGUUGAAUCGAUUAGGAGGAAGAGGAGAUUGGAACGGGAAUGA